GCCAGAGCAGUACCGAUGGAUUUCCAAGCAGGCAUCCUGCAGGAUGGCAGCCCCAUGGAGAGCCUGGAGAAGCAGCUGAUCUGCCCCAUCUGCCUGGAGAUGUUCAGCAAGCCGGUGGUGAUCCUGCCCUGCCAGCACAACCUCUGCCGCAAGUGUGCCAACGACGUCUUCCAGGCUGCCAAUCCCUACUGGCAGAGCCGGGGCAGUGUGAUCUCAGGGGGCCGGUUCCGGUGCCCAUCCUGCCGCCACGAGGUGCUGCUGGAUCGCCACGGGGUCUAUGGGCUGCAGAGGAACCUGCUGGUGGAGAACAUCAUCGACAUCUACAAGCAGGAGUGCUCCAGCAGGCCACUGAAGAAGGGGGAGCACCCCAUGUGCAAGGAGCACGAGGAUGAGAGGAUCAACAUCUAUUGUGUCACCUGUGAGGUCCCCACCUGCUCCAUGUGCAAAGUGUUUGGUGCCCACAAGGACUGCGAGGUUGCCCCCCUGCAAAAUGUCUUCCAGGGCCAGAAGACCGAGCUGAACAACUGCAUCUCCAUGCUGGUGGCAGGGAACGACAGGAUCCAGACCAUCAUCACCCAGCUGGAGGACUCCUGCCGAAGCACCCAGGAGAACGGCGAAGCGGCCAGGCGGGAGCUGUGCACUCGCUUCGACGCCUUGGCAGCGCUGCUGGAGGAGAAGAAGUCGGAGUUGCUGCAGCGCAUCAGCCGUGAGCAGGGGGACAAGACCAGCUUCAUCCAGGGCCUCAUCUGCCAGUACAAGGAGCAGCUGGAUAAGUCCAGCCGCCUGCUGGAAACGGCCAUCCAGGCCAUGGAGGAGACUGGGGGGGCUGCCUUCCUGAUGAAUGCCAAGCAGCUCAUUCAAAUGAUUGUGGAAGCCUCCAAGGGUGGCAGGUCCUACCUGGGGGCCGUGCAGAAGAAUGGGCACCGCUCACUGCAGGGCCAGGUGCCCGCCCUGGAGCUGGGGCCGCAGCACCGCCGGCACUGCCACACGCGGGACGCCAGCAGCCACCCCGGCCGGCAGCAGCGGGCACGCAGGAAGCUCUACCUGGCUGCUGGCAUCUGUCUCAUCUUCAUGGUGGGAGAAGUUGUAGGUGGGUACCUGGCACACAGCUUGGCCAUCCUGACAGAUGCAGCUCAUCUCCUGACAGACUUUGCCAGCAUCAUGAUCAGCCUCUUUGCACUCUGGGUGUCCUCACGACCCCCCACCAAAACCAUGAACUUUGGCUGGCACCGGGCAGAGAUCCUGGGGGCUCUGCUCUCCGUGGCCUCCAUCUGGGUGGUGACAAGUGUCCUGGUCUACCUGGCUGCCCAGCGCCUGGUGUCGGGCGACUACAACAUCGAGGGCAGCGUCAUGCUCAUCACCUCUGCCUGCGCCGUGGCUGCCAACAUCGUGAUGGGGUUGGCUCUGCACCAGACGGGACAUGGGCACAGCCAUGGGGCAGGCGGCGAAGAGCCCAAUGCCAGCGUCCGUGCAGCCUUCGUCCACGUCGUGGGGGACCUGCUGCAGAGUGUUGGUGUCCUGGUUGCAUCCUACAUCAUCUUCUUUAAGCCUGAGUAUAAGUUUAUGGAUCCCAUCUGCACCUUCCUCUUCUCCAUGCUGGUGCUGGGGACGACGCUGACCAUCCUCCGUGACAUCAUCCUUGUCCUCAUGGAGGGCACCCCAAAAGGGAUGGACUUCAACGCCGUGCGGGACACGCUGCUGGCGGUGGCAGGGGUGGAGGCUGUGCACAGCCUCCACAUCUGGGCACUGACGGCAGCACAGCCUCUGCUCUCUGCGCACAUCGCCAUCAACGCAGAUGCCAACGCACAGGAGGUGCUGGAGGAGGCCAGCUCCCGGCUGCAGGGCACCUUCCGCUUCCACACCACCACCAUCCAGGUGGAGAGCUUCUCGGAGGAGAUGAGGGACUGCCGAGAGUGCCAGCCCCUCCCCGACUGA